AUGGAUGUGAAAAGUCCCAUCGAGGACCUCCGGGCACCAGAGGUGGACAGCGCAUCGAUUAGCAAUACCGGCAGCGACUCCGAAGCAGAUGAUGCAAACAACUACGAGCUGACCGGAAUUCCACUGGUCGUGGUCAUCACAGGACUCGGUCUCUCUAUCUUUCUUCUGUCACUGGAUUCGUCGAUAAUUGCCACGGCCAUUCCUAGGAUCACUUCAGAGUUCAACAGCACAGGUGACAUAGGCUGGUAUGGAAGUGCAUACUCAUUUGCGAUGUGUGCUUGCCAGCCUAUCGCAGGUAAACUCUAUACAAGUUUUGCCAUGAAGGGCAUGUUCCUCGGAUGUCUCGGUGUCUUCGAGCUUGGCUCAUUGCUGUGCGCGCUUGCUGUCAAUAGCCCUAUGCUAAUCAUCGGUCGUGCCAUUGCUGGAGUUGGGGCGGCGGGAUGCUUCACAGGGGCAUUCUGCAUUGUCGCGGUUUCCAUCCCGCUGGUGAAGAGGCCGUUCUAUAUCGGAAUUCUUCAAUCAACAUUUGGCAUCGCCACCAUCAUCGGACCCGUGCUAGGUGGUGCAUUCACAGAGCAUGUAACGUGGCGGUGGUGUUUUUGGAUAAACCUUCCCAUCGGAGCUGUUACGAUCGUUGCAUUAGUCUUCUUCUUCAAACCGCCUACAGGCGACGAAAACGAACUCUCCAUCUGUGCUUCGCAGAUUGGGAAGCUUGGACUGGCUGGGCGCUUCUCUGUUCGCUCCAGCCACUAUCAUGCUCUUCAAUGGGGAGGCACUGAGCACGCUUGGAAAAGUGCUACCAUAAUCGGUCUCUUCAUCGGAGGGGCGGGUCUUGGUUUCGUCUUCGCUCUCUGGCAAAAACGAAAGGGUGACAACGCUAUGAUCCCACCGCGUUUGAUCACCGAGCGAACGAUGCUCUUCUCCUGCUUGAGCGAAUUCUUCGCCAUGGGUGCCGUUUACACCUCCAUCUACUACCUGCCCGAAUGGUUCCAGGUGAUAAAAAACGCUUCGCCCACGAAGUCCGGACUCAUGUAUCUGCCCCUGGCGCUGUCAGAUGUCCUCUCCGCAACACUGACAGGCGCAUCACUCAAAUACCUCGGAUAUCCGAAUCCAUACAUGCUCCUCGGGACGGCUCUCAUGAGCAUAGCGACUGGGCUCUUCUCUACCUUCUCCGAAACCACACCGCACGAGCAGUGGAUCCCAUUCCAAGUCCUUCAGGGCUUUGGUGUUGGAAUGACACUCUCAAUGCCCUAUGUUGCUACGCAAACAGUGCUCAAGCCUGAGGAUAUUCCUGUCGGCACCUCCCUGCUGCAAUGCUUCCAGUUCUUCGGGGCUUCGGUGAACCUCGCUAUCGCGGAGGCUAUCUUCGAGAACAAACUUGUUUCGCGACUUCACAGCUAUGGAUUUGAAACCCACGAAGUAGAGAGUAUUCUCACUGCUGGCUCUGCGGAUGCGAGAAAUGUGGUUUCUGCGGCGCAUUUGCCAGGCGUGUUAGAUGCGUAUAACCACGCUAUCACCAGCACGUUCUAUCUCGCAACCAGUGUCGCGGCCGUUGCGUUCUUUCUCUCACUGGGGAUUCGAUGGAGGAGCGUCAAGCCGAAGCCCCAGGCUGUUUCUGGUAUGGAGGCUGGAUCGUCAAGUCCAUAG